GUUCCAGUAAUUCAAGACAUAGAACAUGCAGCUAGCAAUGACUAAACCAACUCAGCAAUGCUUAGAUACGCUCCGCAUCUGGCAAUGGAAUUGCAGAGGAUACAAACAUAAACAAGGAACCUUACAACAAUACAUCACCUCAAUCGACCAACCGCCAGAUAUUAUCACCCUCCAAGAAACUAACGCCUUAGCUAGAUUGCCCGGCUAUACUACACAUACAACACACGAAGGACGCGACGUCUGCACCUUAAUCAGGAAAGACAUCGUUGCAAUUCAACAUACUCUCCCAGCAUCCGAGCACGACCACAUCUUUACAGAGUUGAUUCCCCCCAAAACCUCUAAAGGCCACAACUGUUUUAUACUCAAUAUCUACUGCCGCCCGAAAAACCGACACAGUGAACUGGCCACACUGCUCCACCAGGCCACAAAAAAAGCGGGGGCCAGUCGCCUCCUCAUUGCAGGCGACUUUAAUGCAGCACACCCUGCCUGGGGGUACCCCUACUAUAACAAACGGGGCAAAGAACUAAUGGAAUGCAUCGACAACGAAACGCUCACGCUCCUCAUCGACCCGGCCAAACCAACCAGAGUAGGAAACAGCGUUUCGCGAGACACCUGCCCCGACCUCACUCUUGCCAAGAAUGCCCCCCACACUUCAUGGAUGAACUUGGAAGAAAACUUUUCGAGCGACCACAUGCUCGUCCAGACCGAAAUACAAGGGACCACCUAUCGAAGGCAACUUGGCGAAGCCCGAAUCACAGAUUGGCAAACUUUAAGGAAAAACCGGGAAACCGCUCCAGAUGAUCCCAUCAUGAAUAUAGAGCUCUGGGUAAAAGAACUGAGCCGUGAUGUCCAACGCCACACUAGAACUCUUCAAACCACAACGCAAAUCCCGGCCAUAGACAAUUAUCUUCUACACCUGUGGGAAGCCCGGCGCAGCCUCACGAAGAGGUGGAGAAAACAAAAGCUCAACCGUAAACUGAAACUCAGAAUAACCAAAUUAGCUGCAGAGGCAGAUGUGUAUGCAGCGGUACUCUGCCGACAAAACUGGCUUGGCCAAUGCGAUGACCUCAGAGGCACUCUGAGCCUUACAAAAACCUGGAACCUGCUCAGGUACCUAAUAGACCCGAUGCAAAGCAGAGGAGAAACCAACAAAACCCUCAAAAGGAUACUACACCAAUAUCCAGGCACUACAGAAGAUCUCUUCAAAGUCCUUCAAGCCAAAUACAUAGCCAGCACACAACCCCUCCAGCCAACACCCUACACCGGCCCACAUAACUCACCGCUGGACCAGCCUUUCAUUGAGGCAGAGUUCAGAGCAGCGUUAACAAAAAUUAGGAAAAACACUUCCCCGGGCAUGGAUCAAAUCACCAACAGCGCCCUUGCGAACCUUGACGACAAAUCAGUCACUUUGCUCACGGCAUACAUGAAUCAAUGCUGGGAAAAGGGCAGCAUACCUCCAGCGUGGAAAGCAGCAGAGAUCAGACUGAUCCCCAAGCCUGGCAAGGAGCCAAGCAUAGAGAACCUCAGACCGAUUUCUCUUACCUCUUGCGUCGGCAAACUGAUGGAACAUAUGGUCCUAAACAGACUCCAAAAUUACUUAGAGGAUUCCCAACUCAUGCCGCACACAAUGUUUGGAUUCCGUCCUCACCUCUCAACACAAGACAUACUACUUCAGCUGAGAGAGGACAUCCUUAGCCAAGCCAGCAAGCACACACCGAAGGCCAUCCUUGCCCUCGACCUCAAGGGUGCUUUCGACAACGUUAACCACGAAACAAUCCUCCAGAAUCUUAAUAACCUUGGAUGUGGAGAACGGAUGUAUUCAUAUAUCCGUGACUUCCUCACAGAUCGAACAGCGGUCAUCAAGAUUGAAGAUAAAAGAUCACAGCCCAUCAACAUUGGAAGCAAAGGAACGCCACAGGGAGCAGUACUCUCUCCGCUUCUCUUUAACAUAGCCCUUAUCAACCUCCCAAAAGAGCUGAAUCAAAUACCGGGACUGCACCAUGGACUGUACGCGGAUGACAUUACAAUUUGGAUAAGAGAGGGAUCUGAGGGAGAGAUGCAAGACAAACUACAACAGGCCACCGACAUCGUCCGAACAUACGCCGAGAGCUGCGGACUGAAGUGCGCACCACAGAAGUCGGAACUUCUUCUUGUGCGGAAAAGGUCCCACCUUAAAAACACCGCUGCAUCCAUCGAGAUAGAACUGGACGGGGUCUGCAUCAGGCCCUCCCCCUCCAUCAAAGUUCUAGGCAUGACCUUACAGGAAGACUGCAGCAACAACCAAAUGGUACGAAAACUAGAUACCACAGUGGGUCAGAUCACUCACAUGAUAAGGCGCAUCACCAACAAGAAGCACGGAAUGAAAGAACAAGAUACUUUACGCCUCGUGCAAGCCUUUGUCAUUUCCAGGAUAACUUAUGCCACACCGUACGCGACGCUCAAGUCAUGCGAACACAAGAAAUUAGACGUGCUAAUCAGGAAAUCAUACAAACAAGCAUUAGGCCUACCGCCCAACACAUCCAACGAGAAGCUGCUAGCCCUGGGACUACACAACACCUUGGACGAACUCAUAGAAGCCCAUCUCACGUCCCAACAACAAAGGCUUGCAAUCACCCAAACCGGUCGCAAACUCCUACAUCACCUUGGGUACCCGCCCCGGCAACCCGAAACCUCCACAGAAGAUAUCCCCAAGGAAAUUAGAAGUAACAUGGAAGUAGCCCCAAUCCCUCGCAACAUGCACCCAGAACAUCAUGAGGGACGGAGAACAGCCAGAGUUCGAUGGCUGGAGAAAAUAUACGGCCAAAAUGACGAAACAGUCUACACUGACGCGGCCGACUAUGCUCAGGGACCCGCUAUGACAGCGGUGGUCACUAACUCCUCGAAGAUCCUCACAAGCCUCACACUUAGACAGGCUACUACGCUACAUGCGGAAGAGGUGGCCAUCGCUCUCGCUGUCGCCCAAACCCCAGCCACAACAAUUAUCACAGAUUCACAAUCUGCCUGCAGAACCUACGCGAACGGAAGAAUCUCUAGAACCGCCUUGAAAAUUCUACUUCAAGCACCCCCCACAAGAACCGUGACUAUCGUUUGGACACCUGCGCACUCGACCCUCCGUGGAAACCUCGCUGCUCAUGCGAGCGCCCGAGAACUAGCCGGCCGGGCUCCACAAGAGGACCAGAAGUGGGUCAGCCAACCACUGGUAACAUUCAGAGACAUCACACAACACUAUAAACUUUCCCGGCUUACCUACCCGCCGAGCCACAAAUCAACUACGAAAGAACAAGAAACAAUGCUCAGGCAAUUACAGACUAACACCUUUCCCCACCCUACAAGACUCCACGCCAUUUUCCCAAACUUACACAAACCAAACUGUCCCCAUUGUAACGAACCAUCCACACUCUACCACAUGAUCUGGGCCUGUCAACGCAAUAAGGAUAUCACAGCAAUACCCCAUCCAACCAUCGAGCAGUGGGAGGAAGAGCUGUGCAGCUCUGACCCGGACCGACAGCUACGGCUGAUCGAGAGGGCUAGGACGGCAGCGAGGUCCAUUGGAGUCCUGGACUGA